GUGACAUCACGGCGCCUAGAGCGAGGCUAGGGUAGAGAGAGGCCGACCGAGCUGGAGUCGUCGGCUUGUGGAGGAAGCAGCUGGGAGCUGGCGAGAGCGUGAGCGGGCGGGCAGGCGAACGAGCGAGCGAGCGCAGGCGGGGGGGAGCGGCGCACGGCGCGGAGCAGCGCCUGCCCGGGCCGCGGCGGAGCCUCAGCCGGAGGGCAGCCCGAGCGGGCGCCUCGGUCCCCGCCCCCACUCGGCGGGGCAGUGCCCGGUGUCCCCCCGUGCGGGGGGCGGCGGCGGCGGCUGAGCGGACCCCACGGGACCGCGCGGGUGUUGCCACCUCGGCCGAGGAGCCGGCGCGGCCGCGGGGCCCUGCGAGCUGGGCCCGGGGCCCGUGACAGACGGGCCGAGGAGGGGAGAGAGGCGGCGGCGGCGGCGCAGGCGACGGGGAGGCAGCGGCGGCGGCGGCGACACCAUGUCAUCCCCCAGUCCCGGCAAGAGGCGGAUGGACACGGACGUCGUCAAGCUCAUUGAAAGCAAACAUGAGGUUACAAUCCUGGGAGGACUCAACGAAUUUGUUGUCAAGUUUUAUGGACCACAAGGAAGUAAGUACAUGUCACCAUAUGAAGGCGGAGUGUGGAAAGUUAGAGUGGAUCUUCCUGAUAAAUACCCUUUCAAAUCUCCAUCUAUAGGAUUCAUGAAUAAAAUUUUCCACCCCAACAUUGAUGAAGCGUCAGGAACUGUGUGUCUAGAUGUAAUUAAUCAAACUUGGACAGCUCUCUAUGAUCUUACCAAUAUAUUUGAGUCCUUCCUGCCCCAGUUGUUGGCCUAUCCUAACCCCAUAGAUCCUCUCAAUGGUGAUGCUGCAGCCAUGUACCUCCACCGACCAGAAGAAUACAAGCAGAAAAUUAAAGAGUACAUCCAGAAGUAUGCAACGGAGGAGGCCCUGAAGGAGCAGGAAGAGGGCACUGGAGACAGCUCUUCGGAGAGUUCUAUGUCUGACUUUUCGGAAGAUGAGGCCCAGGACAUGGAGUUGUAGUAGAAAAGCAUCUGCUUUUCAGAAAGACUAUUAUUUCCUAACCAUGAGAAGCAGACUAUAAUAUUCAUAUUUAAACAAAGCAAUUUUUUUUAUUACUAAACAAGGUUUUUAUGAAUAAUAGCAUUGAUAUAUAUAUAUUAUAUAUCACCCUUUAGAUCUUGAUUUCUUGGUCAUUUCUCAACCUGAGGUGCAUAGCAUAUUCCCACAUUCCAUUUUGGUAGCAAUAUGCGGUCUGAAUGCAUGCAUUCAUAAGUCCAUUUGGCCAAGUCAGCCUGUGUGCUACUGAACUGUCAAGAAAUUGCCGCUCGGAUAGGUCAACAUGAGUAAAACUAACAGGAAAAGGUUGCUUCUUUUUAGUGAUGGUUCCAAAGAAAAAAACCAAAUCUACCAGCUCUUGGAUGAAGAUAGAACAGUGCAUUUCGAGAGUUGGAAGGAAAGGUUGAGGAAGAGGCAAGCUUUGGGAGCGUGUGAAGCUAGCCACGUACACAGCAGCUGCUCCACGUCCUCCGUGGCCCUUUCUGAGGAGCAGUGGGAGACAGGGAGGUGGAUGAGAAGUGAGACUUUUUUUUUUUUUUUGACUCAGAUUUAAGAGCAUUUUUUCUAGGUAGAUUCCUGUCCUCUGUGCUACCAGACCUGCAGCCACAUUGGUUUUGCUCUGAAGAACUUUUCUGAACAUAAGUGUUUCUGAACAUAAAUCUUUUUCUUGGGGUACAGCUCGUCAUCCAGAACAUUUUUUUGAGAGAACAGGACUGGAGGAGAGAAGUGGGAGAUGCAGUUAGAUCUGCCCCCAGCUCUGGGCCCGUUGGAGACCACGCCCUGGGCUGAGCAGCAAAAACUGGAAGCAGUUUUUGUUUGGUGUUUUUCUUUUCUUUUGUUCCUUUUUAUUUUUUAUUUGUGUGAAUUGAACUUAGACAGGUUACAGAUUGAAUUUUACCUACGAGGAGACAGUCUCCUCCCUGGACGAGGCACUCAGUUGGACCAUCAGGUGGAGGAAGACUCGGCCCUGUGCGAGCGAUCCUUUGAACUCCAGUCUUAGUUUUGUUUUUUUUCUCUCUGGCAGCACCCAGUUGCCGACCGCUUAUGGGAGAGGGAAGUGUGGGUAUAUGAGACCCAAAACAUCCUCAAUUUAAGAUGGGUAAUAAUUGAAACAAGUUGUUGAGGUGGGGAAGAAACACUUUCUUCUGUGACUGGCUAGGGAGAAGGUGUGAACCAGACGCAGGCCGGUUGUGGGAGGGAGGACACUUUCUCCCUCUGCUCUCACAGCAAGUCAGACAGCUGGAAGCCUGGCCUGCCACUGCCACCGCCGCCUCGGUGUCUGCUCGGCUGACUGCCACCCAGAGUGCCCAGCCGCUUCCAUCUGGCUCUGGAAGGGAUUUGAAGACAGUUUACACAGCAGCUCUGUAUUCUUUGUGUGGAAACCUGAGCAGUAGGAGUAGCCAAUCCUAAGACCUUCUGAAGACAUUUGAAUGUCCCACUGGACUAACUUUUCUUUCCAUGUGUUUCUAAUGUAGAAGUGCUGUAUUCCACAGGGUUUAAGUCGGUGAGGUUGGGAGACACCUCUCUUUUUUAAUUCAGAAAGCACAAUCAGUUUUUCCUUUGAAAAUCUAUAUAAAGUACAACUUUUAGCAUGAUUAUUUUCCUAAAUAAAAAGACAAAUAAUUUACUUAUUUUAUGUUAAUUACGGGCAUGAAGCAAAAGGUUUUCUUUGGGGAAACUGCAGUUCUGUGGGGGGGCUGUGGUCAGUUCACUGCGCUGCCCCCUUGGGCACCCUGCCUGUUGGAAGGUGGCUUCAGCAGUUGUGAAUCGCUGUGUCGUGUAAUGCGGCCGUGCUUACCUGGCAUGCUGUCUUCUGUCGGGGGGAAGGAGGGUCUGCUGGUGCCUCCACAUUGCUUCCCCUGAGGACUAGCAGUUUGCUCAUGCUCUGACCUUUUCUGUAGGUGCUACUUAGGGUAGGCUUGAAGUGCUGGGUGGUGAUUGAGUUCAAACAAUAAAAAAUUGUAUUUUUUCAAUACUGUAUAAAAAUAGUAUUCUAAUUACCUUUCAAAAAAAAGAUCCUGAUAAUUGUGUUCAAUCUUGUUGAAAGAAAUACAAAACAAAACAAAAAUCAAACAAAGCAUCACAGAGUCAAGUUUAGGGAAUGGGUGUAAGCAGCUGCUGCUCCGACCCUCCCCAGAAUCCACCUUGCUGCAUUGAAGACACAUCACUCCCUCCCAUGCAGAGCAACAGCAGUACACAGCUGACCGUGCAGAAUGCCCAUGUGGAGCCUAGGGCUUGAGGCCGCAGGGCAGAAGGUCCAUCCGGGUGAAUAGUGAAUCACUGCAGUACUGACAGGUCAUGACUGCCCCCCAAAUCACUCUACCCUCAACUUCCUGGAGCCAGGUCUGGUUCUGUGCACGUUGCUGCUCUCUGGGCCUUGACUCUGCUAGGAAGUUGACUUCGCAAUCUUUCUGGCCCUUCCUUACUCCUUGGUGAGGUAGGACUAGAUGACCAUACCAUAUCCAUAGGUGCAAAGGACCAGAAAUAAAGCCUGGCUGUGACUCUGAGGGCUCCAGGUCUCCAUAGUAAAUAGGUGAGCUCUGCUGUUUGGGCACCGAAACCCUCUCUAGUUGGCUGUGGGCGUCCCUCCUGACUCCCAAGGGGGUGCUGAGCUCCUUUGGAGGCUGAGGACUCCUUGCCUUGGAGGGGGAGCAGUAGGUCCGGGCUGUUGCUGGCAUUUGCCCACCCCUUGUACUAACCAUUUUGAGGGCCUACCGUGUGGUUUACCAGUGCAAGCCAUUCAGAUGACUGGAGUUCUUGCCAAACACCGACAAGCAAAGUGGCUGCUGCCUGGCAGCCCACACCUGCCGCGUCCCUCUGCCCCCAGAGCCCAGCACUGGGCCAGUGGGCUGUGUUCUGUGGUUGCCAACAUAGACCCUGGCACUUGACAUUUCUUGUCAGCAGUCUCCACCUUCCUCGAGAGUACUGUGCAGCUUCAACCAGCAUUUCCUACUAACGAGAGAGUUCUCAGAAGUUGCCACAUCUCUCCAGCACUAAUGUUUCUGUCCACUUCAAGCGCUGUUCUAAUUGCCAACGGCUGAUCUAGGCUCCUGAGGAGUGCGUCUUCUCAGAGGAAAUGUGUCCUGGAAAGGGCUCCCCGAAGUUCUAGUUGGCCUUGACCUGAUACUUGCAUUUUCUAGGCCACCUUUUGGGGUGGCUAAGAAUCAUGACAGAUCCUCUGCCAGUCUAGUCUCUCUAGGUCAGGUUUCUGAAAACUGGUAUUGGAUUUUAAUGAUAUGUGGCCCCUCUGUUUUAGUGACUCAGGAAAGUGAAGCAAUUUACAAGUUAGCAAAGGGUUUUACUUUGUUUUCUUCACUUCUGAUUGGGUCAUAGCCUUGCUGAGUGAAAAACCGACUUGUUUCUGAUUGGGCACAAAGGACUGCAUUUCUUUGGACUUGUGAAUCCAUGUUCAUCUUCCUUUGGCCACCGAACCCCUUGGCCAGCUCUUUAGGGACUGGAUGGAGUGAAGGCCCUUUGGGGUCGUGGGGUGCAGCUUUCCACUCACCCGAGGAUGGCCAUGGCUCUUGGGGUAGCAGUUACUUGGCUGUGGGCGUGGGAAGAAAUGGCCUUGAAUUACUGAUUGUAUUUGGUACACAUUGUGUGAUACUUGAAGAGAUAAAGGGACUCAGCAGCCCUUAAUUGAAAUCGAAGCUUUUUACCGCUCUCCCCCCCUGCCCUGGCUCCUUCCUUCCACCUUCCUUGCAUUGUGAUGAUCUAGUGGGCAUGUCUGUCACCUGGACAAAUGCCUCCUAUAACCUCUUAAUAGUUGUGUAUAAUGAAAACUGUAAACUUUUUUAAAUAAAAUGUGUAUAUACCUUGGCAAA